ACUCCUCACCAUACUUGUGAGAGUCAAUGCAACUCUGAAACCCCCAAAUUUGUCCUACCCUACCCAUGAUGUCCUCGAUAAUUUCAAAAAUCCCCUCCAUGUCCCUCGCUAGGUCUCUCUGCACCGUCGUCGAGACUCGAACCCAAAAGCUCGAGCGAAUUGCCGAGGACCUGAUUGGCCUCAACAAGAUCGAGCGCCAUGAUUACGUCAUUCUCUUUCGUCACAAAAUGGGCUUGAAUCGGUUCGGCGCCGCCGCCUCACCCGCCGCGCAAUCGCCUUCAUCACCCGGAUCAUCUGCCCCUGCUGCUGCCGCCAAAGAGAAGACCGCGUUCGAUGUGAAAUUGGAGAAAUUCGACGCUUCGGCGAAGCUGAAGGUGAUUAAGGAGAUCAGAUCUUUCACUGAUUUGGGGUUGAAGGAGGCGAAAGAUUUGGUGGAGAAAACACCGGCUGUGGUGAAGAAGGGGGUUACCAAGGAGGAGGCGGAGAAAAUCGUGGCGAAGCUCAAGGAAAUUGGCGCCACUGUGGUUUUGGAAUGAGGCCAGAUUUGAAUUAGUUCGGUAGUUUUCCUUGGCAGCAAUUUUCGGUAUUUUGAUUGUCGUGAAUAGAAAUGAAACAUUGCUUCAAUGAUUUCUCAGUUAUUCGAAGCAAUAGCAUAUAAAUUCGAUCAAGUUCAUCUUAGUUAUAAAAGAUGGAAUUUUGGACGAGAUCAGAUCUUCAGUGUGAAUGAAUGCAUUACUGAGAAAUCAUGUCAUUGCUAUUACUGUUCACUAUCUAUGAAUAAAUGCAUUAUCAAUUGCUUUGGUGUUGCAUAACAGAGCUUUCUCGAUAAUGCCUUGUUUCUA